UCCUCACUAUCUGCCGAACCAACCUCUUCUUCCACGAAGCCACUUCCAAGUUCCUCACCUGUUCCUGCUCCAUCGCCGUCGCCAUCGCCAUCGCCAUCGCCAUCGUCAUCGUCAUCGCCAUCUCCCACCCCGAAGCCAUCCCCGAAGCCAUCUCCUGUAUCCUCCUCAGAGGAAGCUAAGUCAACUGAGGCCGCUGUCGCCACCUCUAACAAUGCGAAAAAUCCUAAUGUCGAGAGCAACUCUGGCGCAACCUCCUCCAGCGACAUCAACCUUUACCUUGCAGCUCAUAACUCUGUUCGUGCUCAACAUGGUGCUUCUGACUUGACCUGGAGCGACAGUCUCGCCGCGACGGCUCAAACCUGGGCGGAUAAAUGUGUCUUCAAGCACUCUGGUGGGACCCUUGGGCCGUUCGGAGAGAACCUGGCCGCUGGUACCGGGAGUAGCUAUGGCAUCACGGAAGCGGUCAAGUCCUGGACUGAUGAAGUUUCCGAGUAUAGCCCUAGCAACCCGCAACCCUCGCACUUCACGCAGGUGGUCUGGAAAUCGAGCACACAGGUUGGCUGCGCCGUGCAGUCUUGCAACGGGAUCUUUGACCCAAGCUUUGGCGAAGCAAAGUUCUUUGUCUGCGAGUAUUCACCGGCCGGUAACGUUAUUGGAGAGUUCGAGUAA